AUGGCGAACAAUGACAAGCGAAUCUGUGCUGAGAGCUUUGCAUGCGAGACCAUGACAAUUUACGAGACCUACCCUUUCGGCAAGCCGAGCGCGAAGAACUACAAAUGUAGACUAGGCUGGUCGGCACACACGAUCUACCGAGCGUUUGCCGAAGAGACGACGACAUCUCUCGAGCCGCCCGCUCCCACAGACAUCCCAUCUGUGACUCCGAGCCCGAAGCGGUCGACCACGCCAAACACAGAUCCGCAAACCUCAUCAGUGGCACCCGCGGAAACGCAGGAAGCAAAAUCGGACCAAGGAGAAACCUCGGGCAGCAAGGCCUGGAUCGCCGGCGCGGUCGCCGGCCCCAUCAGCGCGUAA